AUGUUAGAUCAAUCAAAAACACGUUCAUUUCAAAUUGUUUCACAAAAUCCUCAAGGUUCUCAAUUACGUUUACAAAAUCUUUUUGUAAACGUUUACCAGCAAUUGGUUCAUUUCUUUGUCUUAGAAAUUAGUACACGACGUGUUUUUUUUUUUGGAUGAAGGUUCGUUGCGUGAUGAGAAAAAAAUGGUUUUAAAAGUUUUACAUUCUUAUUUAGAUGAAUAUAAAGUAGCAUUUGUAGCUGUAGUUAAUAAACCAUUUGAUGUUGCUAAUGUUAACCGAAUGAUUUGUAUUUAUCGAUCUUUACUAUCAAAAGAUAAUAAAAAAAUCCUAAUAUAUGCUUGUCUCGGUCUACAGAUUGAUCAUGAGCAUCAGACUACUGAAAAUGAUUUUAAUAACAUUAUUUUUGAACUUUGCCAAGACUAUCGUCGAAUAUUCACUAAUUCAAAUAUUCUUCAUAUAUUGCAUAAUCGAGAUUUUAGGUAUAUGCUAAGAGAAUUACAUUCUGAAUUACUAAAAACAAGAGAAGAUCAAGAGACUAGUAUUAUUGCUAUCCAACCGAUCAGUUUAUUACGGACAUUAGUAAAUAAUUUUAAUGGAAUAAAACAAAAUGAAUUUAGAGAAUCAUUUAAUACUUUUUUAAAACUAUUGAAGAAAAAUUUCCUAAUAAUGAAGCUUGAUCUAAAACGUCGACAUAUUUAUGAUCGUUAUAAAUUAGUUAUUGAAGAAUCACAAGACGAAAGUGCAAUAAAUCUUUUUUACAAACAGGUAUUAUCGACUUGGAUCAUAGUCAAACACAGAUUAUUGAUGUGUCGGGUUUUUAAUGAUUAUAUUAGUAAUGAAUUACGACAUGCUGAAAUAUAAUCAAUAAUUACAUUAUGUAUGAAAACCGGAAGAACUUUUAUUAAUGGUUAAUACAGAUCAAAUCCAAGAAUCACUUCAUGAUGUUUUUAAUUAAACUUUUUUUCAAUAAUGGUAACUGAUAACUGAUGAUGUGAGAAAAUUUUUUUCUGAAGUUCUUAUUGAUCUUAAAACAAUUGAUAUUUUCUUCAUGAAAAUUCGUAAUGUAGUGUUCAAGUUAAACGAAGUGAAUUUAAAAAUAUUCCAACACCUUAUCCUUAGUUAAUUUCAAAAAUAUUCAUUACGAUCACUAUUAUUGAUUCAACAUUUUGGGCAAGAACAUUUUUAUGAUUUCAAUCAAAGUAUUCUUUAUUUAUGCCUUCUAUCAUUAAUUAAAAUACAUAAUAAUAAAAAAGAUUAUUCUUUGUUAAAUUUAUAUCAAUGUUAUAUACAGUUAACUCAUAAUUAAAAUAAUCUAUUAAACAAAAUAUUCAACAUUUCAAUGACAAAAAACAUUUCAAUAUUGAAAGUUUUAUUUGACAAUUAAUUUCAGAUUUAUUGAUUAGUGUUGAUAAUAAUGAUUUAUUAUCAUCAGAAAAUCUGGAACAAUAAAUAUCAAAUAAUACUGAUGUUACAGCAAAACUAAUCAGUUUCAUGAGAAUAUCAUCCUAUAUUGCUGAUCUAAAUAAACAAUCAAAAAAUUAAUUAUUUAAUAAUGAUCACAUUAGUAGCAAUAGCGAGAAAAUUGAAAUUCUAAAUUUACUAAGUAUUCAAUUAAAGAAAAUCGUAACCUCUAUUGGUUCAGAACGAAAAAAACGACUUCCUAUUUCUCAUAAUUUACUCUCUUUUUUUCUAUUUGUUUUCAUUUUCGUUUCAAACUCCCACGUUUCUGAAUACUAGCUAAAAUCCAAUUGCAUAGCUGAUCUUUUUAGGCAUAGUUGCGAUUUUAUUCAAGUAGUAUUGAUAUAAUAAAUUAGGUAUUUGCAAUAUAAUGAUUGUGAGACCGAUGCAUCACAAAACCACAAAUACU